AUGCUGUUCUCGUACAUUUCCUACCUACGCGCAUACCGGACCAAGCAGAAAGAGCGUCAGACUCAGAUUGCGUCCCUGCCAUCUGUCUAUCAUACUCCCGUCUCCUCAGACGAUGCAUGGAUUCUCGACCUGUCCAUUGCUGACUUGGUUCAGAAUGUGAAAUCGGGGAAGCUAUUGCCCGAGGAUGUCGUCGUCGCGUACGGCAAGAAAGCAUUGGAGGCACAUCAAGCUACCAACUGUUUGACCGAAAUCAUGAUCCCUAAUGCGGAGGCUCUCGCCAAGCAAUGCAACACAAGUGGUCCCCUUGCUGGCGUACCAGUCAGCUUGAAGGAUACCAUACACGUCAAAGGGUACGACGCUUGCAUAGGCUACGCCGACUGGGUCGGCAAGCGCUCGACAGAGGAUGGAGCGAUUGUGAAGCUCCUGAAGGAUGCCGGAGCCAUCCCGUUCGUGAAGACUAACGUCCCCAUCACUCUCAUGUCUUUCGAAUCCUUCUCCGAUAUCACGGGGCAUACCGAGAACCCGCACAAGAAGGGGUACAGUGCUGGCGGGUCUAGUGGCGGCGAGGCAGCUUUGAUUGCCUACGGCGGCUCGCGCGUCGGCAUCGGGUCUGAUGGCGCUGGUUCGCUGCGUGUCCCCGCUCAUUACUCAGGCGUGUACACAAUCAAGCCUUCAGUGGGUCGGUUCCCGAAGACUGGAGAUGCUAACAAUCACCCUGGACAAGAGGCUACUGGAUCCUCCUAUGCGCCACUCACAAGGACUUUACGGGAUUUGGAAACGGUAUGGAGAGCUAUCAUAAGUAUGCAGCCGUGGAGGUAUGAUCAUCAUGUUAUUCCAAUCCCGUGGCGCGAGGCUGACCUCUCUGGCAAGAGAGUCAAAUGGGGUGUCAUGUGGCAUGACGGGAUUGUUACUCCUUCUCCCGCAUGCGCACGGGCUCUGCGAACAGUUGUUAACACCCUCCAGAGUCACGGGUACGAAGUAGUUACGGUGAACCCUCCGUCCCCGUACGAAGGCUUCAAAAUAGCUUCGCAAUGUGUCGCAGAUUCCUGCAAGCUGUCCGAGCACAACAUCUACACCGGCGAGUCAAACGAUCCCGGUAUGACCCCGGCCAUGAAGAUGUACGACCUGCCGUGCUGGCUGAAGCGCAUGUAUGUAUGGUACCUCCGGUACAUCCGGCGCGACGAGAUAUACGCGGGAUUGGUUGAGGGCUGGCGCAGCCACUCGAUCUAUGAGUUGUACGCUCUCGUCACCGGGCGCGAGGCGUAUCGGGCGCAGUGGUUCAAGUUCUGGGAUGAGAAUAACCUGGACUUCAUACUCACCGUGCCCAACCCGCUACCUGCUGUGCCAUUGGGCGGCAUGAAGGACGCCUUCACGAACUGUACCUAUACUUUCGUAUUCAAUCUGCUCGACUACUCUGCUGGAGUAAUGCCAGUGACCCAUAUUGAUCGGGAUCUAGACGCGUUGCCGAAGGAUUUUAGAUCUUCGAACGUGGUCGAGAAAGGUGCCUACAAGCAUUACGACGCGGACAAGAUGCACGGGCUGCCGAUCGGCGUCCAGGUAUGCAAUGCAAAGGGCCCUCUGGCCGGUAUUCCUGUGAACCUGAAGGACAUGGUGAAUGUGGAGGGCUAUGGUUCCUGUCUAGGAUUUGCAGCACUAGUAGGCAAAACCGCCCCCGAGGACUCGGCUAUCGUCAAGCAGCUGGUCGAUGCGGGCGCUGUACCACUCGUCAAGACUACGGUACCCAUCAUGGUCAUGUCUUACGAGUGCGCCUCCGACAUGUUGGGGACUAUGGAGAACCCCAUAAGAACGGCUAUGGACCAUGACGUUCGAGCGGAGAAGAGGCCGCGCUUUUAG